AUGCUGAAGAGCCUCCAGCUGUCGCAGAGUUUGUUCCAGGAUUUGCGCUAUCUGAUUCUGAGUUUGACAGAUGUGGCAGUGGAAGCACUUCACCAAACUGGCGGCUCCGUGGCCGACUCACCUCCCGAACGGUUCUUCUUUUCAGGCCAAUGCUUCCGUUCUCUCACAAUCCAACGCUCGGUCCUGAUUCCGACCAGAAUAGAUGUCUGCGGUUCCAAUGUCGCGAUCGUCGACUCCACAAUCAUGUUCCAAGCACCGAGUUCAAAUGAUCAGGAUGUGCGCAGUGAGCUGACCCUUAAGAUUGCAAACUCGACGCUUGCGAACUGUAGCGUCCAUUCGGCAGGGAACCUCAGCAUGGUAAACUCCAGCAUGAUCGGGAAGUACCACUUGGCCUUGUUGGGUUCCCACAACCGGAUGCAGAAGUCGCAUUUCGGCGCCUGCCACGGAUACUGCAUUCAAGCUAAUGCCUGGCACGCAACGGACGAAUCUUACCUCACUAUGGCCGGUUCCUCCAUGCAGACCGCGAUCUUAUGUCUUGGCAGCGGUUGGCGUGUGGAAAUGCACGACAUGGAAGUCUACGAUGUCCACCUACCGUUCUUCGAUCUACUUCGAUUCGGUUCUGUCAUUGCAGGUCUCCCUACGCUGGAUUUGACUUUCUCCAUGGUCAAGUUUCGGAGGGUGUGGAGUGUUGUCAAAAUCGACGCGAACCACUGGAAGCUAGCCAUGCACGGCGUCACGAUGGAGGAGGUCACGCUUACCGGCCUCAGCCUGCAAAGCAGGGACGAGAACAGGCGUGGUCUUGUUCAGCUUCGUGACGUUUCUAUGAGCAACAUGUUGGGAGUCGGGAUGGUCAUGGACCAGGUGAUCGCGGACAUCUCCGGCAUGACAUGCCGAGAGUGUAACGUUGGAGUCGUAGCCCGGGGCUCUACUCUAAACAUGAGUGCGGUAGAUAUGCUGGGAAAGCACAAGCAAAGCAACGGUAUUGUUUUGAAGUCUUCGCAUUUAGAAGCGACUGACGUGCGUAUGACGAACCUGGCGGCUGGACUCUUGCUGAAGUCCUCGACCAAAAUGACAUGCGAAAUGGUGUCCGGUCUCAGAAGCACGGCCCCGAGUCCCGAAGAUUCCGAAGAUGAGGAAGGCCAUCUCGGAUACCAAAAUGUUGGCCUCGCCGAGAGGGCUGCGUACGAAAAGGACAACAUUAGGGCAUCCUGGUUCAUAACUCAAGAUGAUUUGGUCGCAGGAAUCAAGACUCAGAUGCAGAAUGUGGUGGCUUCGGCUGAGAAGCGCGAUCAGAUGAAACAAGGUCGCGUCGACCUUGAGGGCUUGUUUGACCCAGACCCCGAACGUCAAAAGGGGCAAAAUGCGGCUAUGGAUGCAAAGACCGGCUGGGCGCUGGAGGAGGGGAAGGUCAUGCGCACGAAUUCUAUCGCCUUCCAGUUCGCCAACGACUAUGUCAGGUACCAUGCCUACAUGGCAUUGUUGCCUGCAGCUUUCCGG